AUGUCUGCCUCGAAUCUUCACAACGCCCUCCUCCGCCCGCCUAUUAUUCAGAUCUUGCGUGCAGCUGGCUUUCAUGCGACGCGCCCCUCGGUGUUAGACACUCUAGCCGAUCUUACAGCACGAUACAUGAUGAUUCUGGCUUCAUCUGCUACUGCACACGCCGCUAACGCCCAUCCGAGCGAUCCAGUUCCGGCGCUGGAAGAUAUUUACCAAUCGCUACAAGAUGCAGGCGCGCUACGACCUCAGUUACGUGAGUGGGAGGAAGAAUGGGCAGCUGAAGAAGAUAUGCGAGGACUGGAAGGUUUCUUAGAAUGGUUCACAGGCCCUGCAAACCGCGAGAUUCGACGUAUUGCCGGGUUUGUGCCAAGUGAGGGCGAUAUGAUCGACACGGAGUCCCUCGAAAAGGAAGACUUCCUCACAUCGCUGAAGAAGAAGCAUAGCAAAACAGGAGAGGAAUCUCGAUAUGCAGGGACUGUGCUGGGGAAAAGUGCUGAGGAGCAUCCCAUUGUGAUUGAGGGCGGUGUGCCUAGUAUCCAGGAAUGGGGCACGCAGGUGCGAUCGAGAAUUCCAUAUUCUGCUGAAAGCGACUCGUCGGCAGUCAGCAGUGCCCCGAGCAAUCUGUCGGAUGUAGAAGGGAUGGACGUGUGA